UGUUGGCUUCAGAGGCUAGACUUCCCAACGUGUCUAUUCUAUAACUGGUCUAAGGAACAGAUGAAGACAAGAAAAGAGAAAAUUGAUUUUUGAUGUUAGAUUUGGAUCGAAUGGUGCUUGUUUUGAAGUGUUUAUUAUAUUUAAUUUUAUAAACUUUUAUUUUGUACACUAUGUUAAAAAAGGUGUCUCAUAGCUUAUCAUAUAUCAAAUGCAAUACUAAUCAAAAUUUAAUAAGAUCUUUUCUCUUGAAAAAAUCAAAUUUUAACUCCACAUCAAUUUACACUAAUGACAAUAAUUCUCAAAGGAAAACAAACAUUUCAACCACUGAUUUUGAUCAAAAUAAACAUUUGUUUUCAUUCAGUGAUAGCUGUGACCCUGUUAUUAGAGAAAAUCUAGUGAAAAAUAUGACUGUUCUAGAUAAUUUUAUUCUUGAAGAAGAAGAAAAGGCAAUUAUUGACGAAAUAGAGCCGUAUAUGAAACGUCUUCGAUAUGAAUUCGAUCAUUGGGAUAACGCAAUUCAUGGGUUCAGAGAAACGGAAAGACUGCAGUGGAAUGAACAGAACACGAUAAUUCUGAGACGGAUUCGAGACAUUGCUUUUCCGGAUUCUGACCAAACAUUGGGACACGUUCACAUAUUGGAUUUGUCCGAGAAGGGUCAUAUUAAACCUCAUAUCGACAGUGUUAGGUUCUGUGGUAAUACCAUAGCUGGCCUCAGUCUGCUGUCAGAUUCAGUAAUGCGCUUAGCCCACGAGAAGAAUAAAGAUGUAUUUGCUGAUGUACUUUUGAAACGAAGAUCUAUGUAUAUUAUGAAAGAUUCCGUGAGAUACGACUUCACACACGAGAUACUGCCAAAUAGUGAGUCGAAAUUCAAGGGGGAAACCAUACAUCGAUUGAGAAGGAUCUCUUUAAUGUGUAGAAACAAACCUAGUCCUAGUUAAUUUUUUGUUUUCAAAUUCUAGAUUAAAACUAUCUUUAUCAAA